UGGAAUUUGGAGUUGCCACGACUGAAAUUUUCUUCAGCAUGCCUAUUAUAUUUGAUUUUCCCCUCAAAAUUUAUGGAUUCUUUGAGUGAGAAACAUUAUAGACCUUUUGGCUAAUCCUUCUUGAUUCUUAUGACAAAUCUAACAAUAAAAUGGAUUUUUUAUGGUUAUGCACUGAAACUUCUGGAUUGUGUAGACCAUGUUAUGUGCUUUACAACUGUUUUUUUUUUUUUUAAAUUCUUUUACAAUGUAGUUUGUGGUAUACUCCAACUGAUUACCUUCGACCAGAUGGAAUUCUUGGUUCUAUAUAAUUUUUUUUUUUGGGGAUGAAUUUUUGCUACAUUCUUUGAUAUAUAUUAUUUGUUGAAAUUGAGUUUUUACACGUUAUGUAUGCAGGAUUUGUGCUUUUCCUUUCUUUGAUGAUAGAUAGGUUGCAUCAUUACAUAAGAGAGCUUCGAUUACUCAGGAAGACCAUGGAGGCUGUUAAGAAACAGAAUCGAAGUUUUGAGGAUGGUAAAAACAGCAGUUCUGAAGAGCAUAAAGCAUUGACGGCGGAAAUUGCAACACUGAAGAACAAAAUAAAGAAUCUGGAAUCUGAAUGUGAGGUUGAAGGAAGCAAGGCUAAGACUUUGGAAGCUGAAGUGGAGGCUCUGAAAAAGCAAUCUGAAGGGUUCCUCAUGGAAUAUGAUCGGCUCUUGGCAGACAAUCAGAGUCUUAGGAGUCAGUUGGAGGCGAUUGACCAGAGUUCUACUCAUCUGGAGAACAAAAAGAGCAUGUGAGGGUUCAAACUCCUAAGAAUGCAGUUUCAGUUUUGCUGCUUCUGUUAUGUUGCCAAACGUCAUGGGUUUGAAACAUAGAGCAUGAGGUCGUAGAGAGAUAUAAAUGAUAAAUGAAGAACGGAGGGAUGCUUUUGUAUCUUUAUUAAACUGGCUGUAGUUAAAAGCAGUUGAUAUACUUAUUAAUGUACAUUUAUUAAUGUACAUGUAAUUUGGCCAACUCUUAAUCCAUUUCUUGUGAUGUUUAGAUGUUUGCUAAAUGAAUGCGCGCCCUUUUGUAACUUGA